AGCCAAUGGAAACCAAAUUUCUUUGUAUCCGGACAUUGACCAAUCAAAGAAUCUUAAAUCUUGUUAGACUUAUUUUCUAUCCAGGCAUGCAUUGCAGGCUGUAUAAAAACGCCCUAUUUAGGUAGCCUAAAUAGUCCCUUCUCUUUUUGUCUUUUCGCUUCAAAGACACCAUAUUAUAUUAGGAUCUGAGCUAGCAAAAAUGGAUUUUUCAAGCGGAAUUCAAACGAGUUUUUGGACCAAUGGGCCUCGACCAGGGGCUUUCUAUGACCCUCCCGGUGGCAUGAAAACUACAAGUAGCAUUCCAGCUAAGCAUACUUUAAACCCUAUGGUCACUGGAACCUCCACACUAGGUCUCAAGUUCAAUGGCGGUGUCAUACUCGCAGCAGACAUGUUGGGUUCGUAUGGAUCCCUCGCUAGGUUCAGGAACAUCUCCCGUGUGUCAAAGGUCAACGACAGCACGGUGCUGACAGGAGCGGGAGAUUACGCAGACUUCCAGUAUGUCAAAGAAGUACUCGAGCAGAAAAUUAUCAACGAUGAGUGCCUGAAUGAUGGACACAGCUUCACACCCAAAGCACUAUUCUCCUGGCUAACGAGGGUCAUGUACAACAGGAGGUCAAAGUUCAACCCUCUUUGGAACGUCAUGAUCCUCGGUGGAUUCCAGAAUGGAGAAAGCUUCCUUGGAUAUGUAGAUAAGAUCGGUGUGGCCUAUGAGUCGCCUCAUGUAGCCUGUGGUUAUGGUGCCUACAUCGCUCUGCCAAUGAUGCGUGAUGCUUAUGAGAAGAACAGCAACAUGACGGAACAGGAAGCCAGAGCUGUCAUUGAACGAUGUCUCAAGGUUCUCUUCUACAGAGAUGCUAGAUCAUUCAAUAAGUAUGAGAUUGCAGUUGUAACAGACAAAGGUGUUACCAUUGACCCUCCUGCAUCGUCACAAACCAACUGGGAUAUAGCACCUAUGGUAGAGGGAUAUGAAUGACAUCACCAAAGCAGAGGAUGCAUCGGAUUUGUAAAUUAAAAAGUCUUUGUUAUUAUAAUAUGAUGUAUAAUAAACCUUUUGUUGUAGUUUCCUAGUUACUGGUAAGGCAAUUUGCUGUACGUUAACCAUUCAGGAGUUGUAAAUUUCCAAGUCGACAUUUCAUGGAUGAGUAUGUAUGAGUGAAUAUACAUGAUAAAAUACACAAUUUAAUUAUUAGCAAGGAAUUUUAAAUUUCUUUCUGAUGUCCCAAAUUGAAGUCUUUUUAAACACAAGGGUAUGAAACAAAUCAUUUUCAAUUAACAACUGGUUUACCUUAUUUCUGAGGCAUAAAUGUUCACAUUUUCAUAUAUGUGUUUCCGUUGCAGAUUCUUGUGUAUUUGGUAAAUGAAAGGCAUCAAGCAUUUCAAAAUGAUUUCUGUUCUGCUUGCAUUUCACCAACAUUCAAAUGAUGAAACACAUCAGUAUCAGAUUUAUUCUUUGCAAUCAAUUGCAGGAUAGCAAUGGGCCCAGUAUCACAAAACUUUGCAAUCAAUUGCAGGAUGGCAAUGGGCCUGGUAUCACAAAGCUUUGCAAUUGAUGGCAAUAGGCCUGGUAACAAUUCUUUACAAUCAAUUUUAGGAUGGCAGUGGGCCCGGUGACACAAUACUUUGCAAUCAAUUCCAGGUAGCAGUGGGCCCGGUGACUCAAAGCCUUGCAAUCAAUUGCAGUAGGCACCUCUGUAGUGUCCAUUUUCCACCGCACUUAAUCCUAGAUCUUCACCAGUGUUUAAGGUGUAAUAUCAAGUAUAUGUUACAGUAACUUCUGAAGGUUUCCAUGGCGAAGAAGAAGAAUAUAGUAGGUUUCAUGGUACACCAUAUAUCUUUCAUGGGCAAUUGUUGGUCCUGAAAAGGACCACCCAAACUCAGCGUUUCGACAAUUGUGUUCUUGUCCAAAUUGGACGUUUUGACAAGUGUGUUCUUGUCGUCCUGAAAAUGACAAGAACGCACUUGUCGAAACGUCGAGUUUGCGUAGUCCUUUUCAGGACCAACAAUGUCCACGAAAGAUACAUAGUGUACCAUGAAACCCACUACAUAUAUUAGAGUAAUUUUAAGAGCUUUUGAAAAUGAUUUUCUAGCCCUUCCCCUCCCCCUUGCACAAUUACAAAAUACUCUGUCGAAUUCAAAUCUGAAAAUGUGUACAUGUGGUGUAGUUGUAAGCUAAAUAAUUGAUAAAAACAUUUCAUCAUAGAAA